GGUGGAUCGUGGGCUUGUAGUAUCCAUUUGUGAGGAAAGUCAUCAUGUCGCCCGUGUUGAUGACCAAACCGUUGUCGAUGUGACGGACGCCCAAUAUCGAAUGCCAGAGCAGAAGUAUCGAACAGCCCCCAGAUCUGCUCUUCCAGAGUGCGUGAAAUUGCCUCGCGGAAGCGAAGCAUGAAGACAGGCUUGAAGGAUCUGAAGAUAGGCUUAGUGAAGUGUCAUUCUUCUGUAAUCAUUGUAACACCAUGAAUUUUGAAUGCAUUAAUGGUUUCAAAUGACGAGCACGUGCCCCACAAAAAAGACAAGGGUAGCGGGCACUGCCACGGAUGUGGCCUUUCACGACUUAUGUGCAAUUGUGGUGGUGCACAGCGCUCUCAAGUUGCAGUGAGAAGUCGUCGAAGAGAGAACUGUGUGCUGUCGUCUACAACUUCAACCGAUAUCAUUGCAAUUGUGGCGCUGCAGCUUGCAAAGACCAAGCACUAGUUCAAAUCAAGUUCGAAUCCACGGCCUGUUGGACCCAGCUCGUCAGUCUCAGUAGCGUCCAGCUCGAAUGCCACCGGACAGGAAUCCCCCCCAUGCAGCAAGCGUAGAGACCUGAGCGUGAGAUGCACAAUGUCGUGAGGAUGGGAUUUGUUCCCCUAUCAAGCUAGGGAUGGGCGUCGGCACCAUUCACAGGAUAUCAAUCACCUUAUUAUCAACUUCCAGAUCAAUUGGUAUUGAUCAUCAAUUGCGCUAUGCAUCGGUUCUAGUGUGUUCUGCGUCAGAUUCCACGCUUACCAUUUUUCCACAUGC